AUGACAUCCACCGAAACAUACCCCAUCGGCACUCGAUCAGAAUGCGAAUCCCUCGUCCGAGAAUGGGGCUUUCAUCAUAUCUUCACAUGGUCUGAUGUCGGAAACGCCUACUAUGCCCCGCAUACGCAUGGGGGCCUCACAACACAUCUAAUUCGUCGGGGUACCUUCACAGUCGCCUAUCCUGACGAUAAUAAGAAGAAUGGUGGGAAGGCUCAAAAACAGACCUUUGUUGCUGGGGCUAGGAUCGAUGUUCCGGCGGGAAAACUUCAUGAGGUUUGGAUUGGGGAUGAAGGCUGUGAAUAUGUUAUUGGAGAGUGA